AAGCGGUUGCAAGACAAUGAGGGUGACCGAGUGCAGACAUACCGGGAGCUGGAGAGCGUCUUGCAGGGAGAUGACGGCCGUUUGACGAGCGGUGUCGUGAACCGCCUGAUAGCAGAGGCGUCCAGUGACAUGCGAGCAGCCCAGGGUGUGACAGGUGACAUGAGGACAGCCGCUAGCGAUGUCCUGGUGGCUCUGGCCCGCUCCCACUUCCACUUUGUCAUGCCCGAGCUCCAGAGCCACCUGAAGGCCAUGGGGAAGGUCCCUGAUGAGAUUGUGCUCCUCACCUUGGGCAAAAUGGCCCGCAGCUACGCCCUGCGGUGCAUCCCCUUUGUGAGAAUGACGCUGCUUGCCCUGCGCGCCACGCUGAGCCAGGUGGGGAGUGGCCGGAUGCUGCGCACCGUCUGCAGUGUUCUGGAGCAAUGGUCAAAAGGAGUCAACACGUACUUCUGCAACCGGGAGCAAUGCCCCUUCCCUUGCGAGGGGGUAGCACAGUUCUGUGAAGCCAUUUACCCGGUCUUCCGCUACGCGGCGGUACAUUGGCUGGACUGCAAGGAGGAGGAGGACAAGCAGGCUGUCCUCAGGGCUGUGGCUGCCAUGAUGGAGGUCCUUCUGCAUGAGGAGCAGUACCGCGAGCAUGCCUGGGAGCAUGUCCUCUGGCUCCUGCACCGGUAUCAGGAGGUCCGAGACACCUCCCGGGUCACCGAGAGCCUCAGCUAUGUCCUGGAGAUGCUGGAGGCAGUUCAGACCCCAAUACCACAGGGCACGGCUCUUGCCAUCAGCACCGCUGUGCACCGCCAGCUCUCUGAUGUGACCAAGGAGCCUGGCCUGGCCCAUAAGGCAGCACUGUCCCGCUGCAUCACACUUCAGGCACGAAUGUGCCCCGAGGAGACGGUCAUGUUUCUACACUCCCAGCUGAGUGGUGGGACUGAGGCCGGUCGCGUGGCAGCCCUGGGCCUGCUGGGAGCGCUGGCCCACUCUGACGCACCUGCAGUGAGAGAGAAGCUGCCCCAGGUGGUGGAGGCCAUGGGGUCAGUGUGCCAUGACCCCAGUGCCCAGGUGCGGAGGGCAGUUCUGGAGUUCAUCCGGGAGCUGCUCAGCUCCGGAUCCCAGAGCUGCUGGGCAUGGGAUGCGGUGGGGCACAUCUUCAUCGAGUUCAGCCGAAGCUCGGGCAGACUGGUGGCAGGAGGCCUUUUUCCCUGGGAAACGCAGGAGGAUGGAGCUCUUCGAGCCCUGUGCAUGGACAUCCUGGGCUCUCUGGAUGUCUCUCUGAGAGGGAUGACCAAACUCCUGUGGCCGAGGCUGCUGCAGUAUGUGGUGCCAGCCCAGUACAGUGGCAUGCUGAUCCCACUCUCCCGCUGUCUCCGAGCCCUAGUUGAGAGGUGGGAGAGAGCAGGGUGCAAGGAAGAAGAGGAGGAGCCUGAUGCCGUGGACUCCCAGGAGCAAGCCCGGCUGCCGGCUCCCCAGGCCCUGUUGGCUCGACUGCUGGUGGUGGUGGCGGCUCCUCACAAGAGUGCAGAACGUGCAGUCGCUGCCUUGCAGCUGCUGCAGGCCCUCCACCGCAGGAUCCACAGAGCCUUGGGGGCAGCGUGGGCGACUGAGAUCCCCCUCCUGCUGCAGUCCCUGGAAGGAAAAACCGGGAGCUGCCUGGACUCUGCAGAGUGGGAGCACCGUGUGCUCAAGUUCCUGCGAGCGUCGCUGGAGCCCAUCGAGGACAAGGCCUGGACUGUGGACCUGAGCCAGGAGCUGAGCCAGCAGCUGGGCAGCUCUGCCGCCGGCUCCUGGGAGAAGCUUUUCCUGUACAAGGCUCUUGGGACAGCGCUGGCAGCUUGUCGGGACCUCAGACACGUCCAAGGGCAGGUUCUGAGGUUCCUCCAGGAGACAAACCCCAUGGAGCUGUCUGAGGCCCAGGGAAUGAUUUCUGUUGUGUCCCACGCUGCCCAGAGCCACUUCCACCUGGUCUUGGACGCGGUGAUGAUGUUCUCCACCGCCUCCACCAGAGACGGGUUCUCUCAGACUUCCAUGGGCUGGAAGGUACAGCAGCAGCAGCAGAUGGAGAGAGCCCAGGCCAUUCGCGCUGCUCUCAUGCGCACCUACAGCGGCAUUGCGCUGCGUGCCCCCAAGGAGCAGCUGCUCACCCGUGUGGAUGAAGAAAUCGUGGGCAACAUCCUGCAGCUCUCCAGAGCUAAACAGAGGGAGCGGAUGAAAAAGGGCAAGAAGACAGUGAGGGCAGCUGUGAACAUGCAGCUUUUGCACAGGAGAGGCAUGGAAGACCUGGGCCAUCUCAUCGAAACCCUUCUGGAGGCAGAGGAGACCUCUGCCGGCUUUGACGACGUGAUCCAUAGAGGACAUCCUUGCGAGCAGUUCGGCUCCCUGGUGGGACUGCUGGUGACUCUGACCAGCGACUGCCUGGCCAUGUCCUGCCGGAGGGCAUGGCAGAGCACCCACAGGCCCUUCCUGCUCCGGGCCCGCUUUCACCAGGAGCCCCUCAUCAGCAGUCUCCUCCAGAAAGGUCUGCCCAUGGACAGUGACACGGUGGAGCUGUGGAGGACCCUGGGGAGAAGCACCAUUGUGAUUCAGGUCCUGAGGUGCUUAGUGGAGAAACUAAACAGAGCAGGAAACAACCGCCUGUGGACUUGCUCUUGCGCUUGUGAGCAGCACAGUCAUCAGACUGUUCUGGAGACUGUGAUGAUCACCCGUGCCAUCUCCGAGGUCGUGGUUGCCCUGAGGGACAUGGAGGAGUUCAGGCAGCUGCUUCCCCACCUCCUUCCCAGCCUCCUGAGGUGGGCCAGUGAAAUGCUGGACGAGGAGAGGCUGCUUUCCCCCCUGGGAGAAGGCUGGAGACAACUGUUCCUCGAGGGCCAGGUGCUUGAGGAGAAGCCCUGCAGGAUUUUCCUUUCAGCUAUAGAGUUGGUGCUAGGCAAAUGCAUGGCGCAGACAUGGAUGCAGUGGCUCAUGGAUCAGUCAGUGUGGGCUCGCCUGGAAGACGCCCUGGCUCACCCUGAGGGGGUGCGUCUCCUGACCAGCGUCCUGCUCCAGGCUGGGCUCGUCUCCCCCUGGCUGGUGAAGAACCUCUUGCCAUGGCUGGGUUCGUGCUCAGUUAAGCUGCGGGUGACAGCUACAGCCUUCUUUGCUGAGGUCAGUUCGAGGCACGUGUGA